AUGUCCCUCGUCGGCCUCAAAAACCUCUUCUUCUCCCAAACACGCACUCCCAUUCCCCGCCAUCAUCAAUCGAAACCGAAAACCCAUGGAUACAUGUACCCUGAAACACCAGACUGGAGCAACGUCUCCUCCGAACCUCUUCUUCCCCCCUCCAACCCAGAAUCUGGGGAUCUAGAAGCCCAGUCUCGUAGCAAUAGCAAGACCGAGAAAGCGAAUGCAAAGAAAGGAUUUCGUAUCGACGCAAGAGUUAUCUCGGAUGCGACAAUCGGACUUUCAGAUGGCUUGACUGUACCUUUUGCUCUCACGGCUGGCCUGUCGGCGCUGGGGAAUACGAAAGUGGUUAUCUAUGGCGGAUUUGCGGAGCUUAUUGCUGGUGCCAUCUCGAUGGGACUGGGAGGAGCGAAUCUCUCCGACCUAACCGCCGUCUUCGAACCUUACAACAUCCCGGCCGAAACCCUCACAAACCUAACCUCGCACCUAACCUCGUCGCCCAAACUCGUAGACUUCGUAAUGCAAUUCCAACACUGCGAGUCCGAACCAGCGUCCUCACGGGCCCUGACAUCCGCUCUGACCAUCGCCGGUGCCUAUUUUUUCGGCGGCUUGUUACCGCUGAUCCCAUAUUUCUUUGUGGGCGCCGAGCAGGUGUUCCAGGGGCUGUAUAUCUCGAUCGGCGUCAUGGUGCUCGCGCUAUUCGCGUUUGGCUAUGUCAAGACGUGCGUGGUUGUUGGAUGGGAGGGAGGAAGGGCGGUUAGGCAGGGGUGUUUUGGGGGUGUGCAGAUGGUUGUCGUGGGGAGUGCGGCGGCGGGAGCAGCGAUGGGUUUAGUGAGGCUUUUUAAUGAUGGGGGAGUAUGA